AUGGCGUUUUCUGAAGAACUUUUAACAGGCGAAACGCUUGAUUAUAUAAUAAAUAAUAAUGCUGAUGAUGAAUUAAAUCCGCAUUUGCAAGAAUAUUUUGAUAAUGCAUUAUUAGAGAUGGAUAAGUUAUUGCUACAGCAAUCUACAUCAACAGCAAGCGCUAGUAUAUCGUCUACAGAGUCCAUUUUCGAAAGAUGUUUAACAAAAGCUAAUGUGGAUUUACUUGAAGAAAAAGUCAAGGCUAGCAAUGUUUUCAAGGGUAGAGUGAUGAAUUCCCUUAGCCGUUGUGGAGGUAAUACUCCAUAUAAAUCGGCUUUUGCUAUUGAGAAGCUGUUCAUAAGCGAGGACGCUGGGGCCUGUUUCAAUGUCUCUGGCGGUUCUUUGAAAACAAAUUUUAAAACAUACAUCUUGUAUCAUAUGAUAAUAGAUGCAAUUUAACGACAGCAUCACGAUGCAAAAAUUAGCGAAUGUCAUUCAGGCAUUUCAGAAUUUUUAAGGCAAUCCGGUACACGGCUCAACCAAAAAGUUUUAAAAAUGAGCAACGCUGCAAAUACUGAAUAAAAUGUUUAAAUGUGUAAAUGUAAAUUUGUUUGUUAAAGUCAAUAAAAGACUUUCUUACUAAA